AUGUCUCAGGUACCUUCCACUUCAACGAACGAAAAGUCUCACGCAGAACUCUCGGAAAAACCAAUUGUGCCUCCACCCCGAAGUUCCAUCGAUACCAUCACCGAUUCCGAGACUGCGAGAGAGAACGCGAGAAAUGGGAAUCCCAAUGGCUUUGCGCGGCCGACCAGUGGGGUCGAUGUCAAGGCUGCGGAGGAGGAGUUUGCGCAUCUGCAGAGGGAGUUGAGUGGGAUUAGUCAGGCGAGUAUGCGGUUGAGUAGGAGUCAGAGCAAGGGACAGAAGCGAGAGAAGGAUGUCGAGAAGGUGGCGGCCAGUGAGAGUACGACAGAGGGAGAACAGUUUGAUUUGGAGCAUACGUUGAGGGGGAACCAUACUGCGGAGCAAGAAUCCGGCAUACGAUCAAAACACAUUGGUGUAAUCUGGGAGAACCUAACAGUAUCUGGUACCGGCGGCAUCACAAAUUUCGUCAAGACUUUCCCCGGCGCCUUCGUUAGCUUCUUCAACGUGAUCGAGACGGGCAUGCACAUCCUCGGCAUCGGCAAAAAAGGGCGCGAAGUUAACAUCCUGCAAAACUUCCGCGGUCUCGUGCACCCCGGCGAGAUGGUCUUGGUUCUUGGCCGACCGGGUUCAGGAUGUACGACAUUCUUGAAAGUCAUUGCGAAUCAGAGAUUCGGAUAUACGGGUGUGAAUGGGGAGGUGUUGUAUGGACCGUUUGAUGCGAAGACGUUUGCGAAGCAGUAUAGAGGCGAAGCGGUGUAUAACCAGGAAGAUGAUGUGCAUCAUCCUACGCUGACAGUUGGCCAGACGCUGGGGUUUGCGUUGGAUACUAAGACGCCGGGGAAGAGGCCAUUUGGCAUGUCAAAGGCGGAUUUCAAGGACAAGGUUAUUACGAUGCUUCUGAAGAUGUUUAAUAUCGAGCAUACCAGAAAUACUAUUGUGGGCAAUCCGUUCGUGAGAGGUGUCUCUGGGGGCGAGCGAAAACGAGUCUCAAUCGCUGAAAUGAUGGUCACAGCAGCCACUGUCUGCGCUUGGGACAACUCAACUCGCGGCUUAGACGCAUCCACAGCUCUCGACUACGCCAAAUCCCUCAGAAUCAUGACAAAUAUUUACAAGACCACCACUUUCGUCUCAUUGUACCAAGCCAGCGAGAACAUUUACAAGCAAUUCGACAAAGUCUUAGUAAUCGACGCCGGACGAGAAGUGUAUUUCGGACCAGCCAGUGAAGCGAGAGCAUAUUUCGAAGGCCUUGGCUUCAAGGAGAAGCCGAGACAAACUACGCCUGAUUAUUUGACGGGCUGUACGGAUGAAUUUGAAAGGGAAUAUUCGGAUGGGAGAUCGGCUGCUGAUGCACCACACAGCUCGGAAACCCUGGCGCAAGCUUUCAUUGAUUCAAAAUUCUCGAAACAGCUUGAUGAACAAAUGACUCAGUAUCGAAAGAUCAUUGCUGAGGACGAGCAACGACAUGGAGAUUUUGAGGUUGCAGUUGCCGAGAGCAAACGCAAAGGGGCAUCGAAAUCCGUUUACAGCAUUCCUUACUACCUGCAAAUAUGGGCUUUGAUGCAGAGGCAAUUUCUGAUCAAAUGGCAAGACAAAUUCUCUCUGACAGUCAGUUGGAUCACGAGCAUUACCAUCGCGAUUGUCCUCGGUACAGUCUGGCUGAAUCUGCCAAAAACUUCAGCUGGCGCUUUCACACGAGGCGGUCUCCUCUUUAUCAGUUUACUCUUCAACGCUUUCCAAGCUUUCUCUGAGCUAGCGAGUACCAUGAUCGGUCGCCCCAUCGUCAACAAGCACAAAGCCUACACAUUUCACAGGCCCUCAGCCCUCUGGAUUGCACAAAUUAUCGUCGACCUAGCAUUUUCCGCCACCCAAAUCUUGAUAUUCUCUAUCAUCGUCUACUUCAUGUGCGGUCUCGUGCGAGAAGCCGGCGCCUUCUUCACCUUCUACAUUGUCAUCGUGAGCGGUUAUCUUUCCAUGACACUUUUCUUCCGGACUAUCGGCUGCUUCUGUCCAGACUUUGAUUACGCUAUCAAAUUCGCCGCUACGAUUAUCACGUUGUUUGUUAUUACGUCCGGGUACAUUAUUCAGUACCAGUCCGAGAAGGUGUGGUUGAGGUGGAUUUACUGGAUUAAUGCGCUGGGCUUGGGGUUCUCAGCACUGAUGGAGAACGAGUUUAGUAGGCUUAACUUGACAUGCACGGCUGAAUCGUUGAUUCCUUCGGGGCCGGGAUACACCAACAUCGACAACCAGGUCUGCACUUUGGCUGGUAGUGUUGCUGGCACGGACCUUGUGUCUGGUUCUGCAUACAUCACCGAUGGAUUUUCAUACAGCCCGAGCGAUCUCUGGAGGAAUUUUGGCAUUAUCGUUGCCCUAACCGUUGCCUUCCUCAUCACUAAUUCGACUUUGGGCGAAUGGGUGACUUUUGGGGCAGGCGGAAACGUAGCCAAAGUCUUUCAAAAGCCGGACAAGGAGAGGACCGAACUGAAUGCUGCGUUAAUAGCCAAGCGUGACCGGCGAAGAACUCAGAAAGGCGAGGGGGAGGCAUCGGAAAUCAAUAUCAAUUCCAAAGCAAUCUUGACUUGGGAAGGGCUGAAUUACGAUGUCCCAACUCCUGCCGGACAACUACGACUCCUAAAUAACAUCUAUGGUUAUGUCCGACCUGGCGAACUUACGGCUCUUAUGGGUGCAAGUGGGGCUGGAAAGACAACUCUCCUCGAUGUCCUGGCCUCAAGAAAGAACAUUGGUGUCAUUACCGGCGAUGUUCUGGUUGACGGCAUCAAGCCAGGCACCGCUUUCCAACGAGGGACGUCAUACGCCGAGCAACUUGAUAUUCACGAGUCGACUCAAACCGUCCGUGAAGCUCUUCGCUUCUCUGCAAAUCUUCGUCAACCCUUUGAAGUUCCACAAUCCGAGAAGUACGCCUAUGUUGAAGAAGUUCUCAGUCUCCUAGAAAUGGAAGACAUGGCUGACACUAUCAUCGGUGAUCCGGAAUCUGGUCUGGCUGUUGAACAGCGAAAACGAGUCACCAUCGGUGUCGAGCUUGCGGCUAAGCCUGAACUGCUUCUCUUUUUGGAUGAGCCUACCUCUGGUCUCGAUUCUCAGUCUGCUUUCAACAUCGUUCGGUUCUUAAAGAAGUUGGCUGGCGCUGGUCAGGCCAUUCUGUGCACUAUUCAUCAGCCUAAUGCCGCUUUAUUUGAGAACUUUGAUCGGUUGCUACUACUGCAAAGGGGUGGGCAGACUGUUUACUUUGGCGAUAUUGGGAAGGAUGCUUGUGUUUUGAUUGAUUAUUUGAGGCGGCAUGGUGCCGAGUGUCCUCCGGAUGCUAAUCCUGCGGAGUAUAUGCUGGACGCAAUAGGAGCUGGACAAGCACCUCGGGUUGGCGAUCGAGACUGGGCCGACAUCUUCUCCGAGUCCCCCGAAUUAGCCAACAUCAAAGACCGCAUUACUCAAAUGAAAUCCGAACGUCUCGCAGAAGUAGGAAGCAACUUCAAGACCGACGAGCGAGAAUUCGCAACCCCCCUCAUGUACCAGUUGAAGAUCGUACAAAAGCGCACGAAUUUGGCCUUCUGGCGCUCCCCCAACUACGGUUUCACCCGCCUCUUCAACCACGUCAUCAUCGCCCUGCUCACCGGCCUCGCAUACCUCAACCUCAACGACUCCCGGCAGUCACUUCAAUACCGCGUCUUCGUCAUCUUCCAGGUCACCGUCCUGCCCGCGCUGAUCCUCGCACAGGUCGAGCCUAAAUACGCCUUAUCCAGGAUGAUCUACUAUCGCGAAGCCUCGUCGAAAAUGUACGGCCAGUUUGCCUUCGCAUCUUCCCUCGUCGUCGCCGAGCUCCCAUACUCUAUCCUCUGUGCUGUCGGCUUUUUCUUGCCACUUUACUAUAUGCCUGGCUUCCAGCACGCUUCUUCCAGAGCGGGGUAUCAAUUUCUCAUGGUUCUCAUCACGGAACUGUUCUCUGUAACACUGGGCCAGAUGGUCGCUGCUAUCACGCCGUCCCCGUUCAUAGCCGCCUUGUUGAACCCAUUCAUCAUCAUCACAUUCGCCCUUUUCUGUGGCGUCACGAUCCCCAAGCCCCAGAUCCCUAAGUUCUGGCGCGCUUGGCUGUACCAACUCGAUCCCUUCACGCGACUCAUCGGCGGCAUGGUCGUCACGGAGCUCCACGGGCGAACCGUAACUUGCACGAGCACAGAGCUCCGGCGCUUUACUGCUCCCUCGGGCCAGAACUGCGGAGAGUACAUGAGUAACUUUUUUGAGGGGGGAGGACCGGGAUAUAUUGUGAGCAAUGCCACGAGUGCCUGUGAGUAUUGUGCGUAUAAGGUCGGUGAUCAGUUUUAUUCUGGUCUGGGCUUCAGCUUUGAUAAUCGGUGGAGGGAUCUGGGCAUUCUGGCUGCUUUUGUGGGGAGUAAUUUGUGCUUGUUAUUUUUGGGUUCGAGAUACCUUAAUUUUAAUAGAAGAUAG